GUUGUGGUGGAGCAAAUAAUGAUCAACCUCUUGGUGGGUGGUAUAAUGACUAGAAGGUCGUUUUACGGGCUUUUUUUGGGGAUUUUCCAUGAUCGACUGCUGGAAGGCAUAAAUGAGAGGAACCGGUUAUCGUUAGUUAGCUUGUACCUUCAGUCGUAGAUGCCAAGUUGUAGUACUACGCAUAGGUAUAUGGUUGAAUACAUUUGGCUGUGUUGCUCGUCAGGUCUGAGUUAUUCCCAGGAAUGAUGAGGAAAGCUAAAGCUAUGGGCAGUCAGGUGUCUUCAGCUACAAAGCCAUCAACAUCGCUUCCAAAUGAAGAUUUGUUCCCUAUUCCUCUGGAGAUCCUGGAGGAGAUCUUCCUGAAUCUUCCACCCUAUCAGGUGAUUCAUGUUUGUCGGUUUGUGAGCCAUCAAUGGAAAGAUGUGGCUGACAGUGAAUCUUUGUGGAGAGAAAGGUGCAAGAGAGAAGGAUAUCACCUCCAUGAUGUUUCCAGAACACCCCAAGACUGGAGGUUGUUUUACUUCUUGUGCAAGAAGAGAAGAAAUCUUCUCAAGAAUCCAAGAGCAGAACGUAAUAAGCCACAAUCACAGCUGAUCCCGUGUCUCUGUUGUACUAGGUAUGCACCACGAUGGGACUGUGCCAGUGAAUAUGAGAUCUGUGUAGAGCUGCUGGAUAGUAGUAAGAAUCCUGUGAAGGUAUUUGCUCCUGAUAAAGUUUGCUUUGAGCAGUGGGGCAGUCAGCAGUGGAACGAGAUGACCCAUGUUUUUCGGGACUAUGGACCAGGAGUGAGAUACAUCCGUUUUACCCACGGAGGCCAAGACAGACAGUUCUGGGCAGGAUGGUAUGGAAUUCGUGUUACAGACAGCUGCGUUGAGAUAUGUCCAGCAGUGGACACAUGACUCCUAAAGGUGUAUCCAACACCUGCUUCCUGCCUUCACCUGAAAUUGCACCUUUUUACCAAAUAAUCUUAAUUUUAUAUGUUAAUGGAACAUUUAAGGGGGGGGGGAGAUCACAUAAAAUAGUUGUGCUAACACAAAGGAAAUGACGAUUAAAAUAUAUGUAAAUAGUAAAAUCAUUUGAAGAAAUCACUGAAGUAGAAAUAUAUUGGACUGAAACAGUAUUCAACAUUUCCUACAUUUAAAACCUGAAUCUGAACAAAAUCAUUGACACCUGAAGUGUUUUUGCCUGAAAUGGUCACAGGAGUUGUUAGUAAACAAACCAAAAUCUAAAUGCUCUAUGUGAUUCUAAUUUUAAUUUUACAGGCAUUUUCAUUACAAGGUGGGAUAACACAUUUUAAUUUACAUCAAGGCUUCUGUGGGUGCUGUGACCCCAUAACUUGUGACGGUAUCCACAGUAAGGUCUGAAUAAAGGUUGAAAAAGUCCAAAGAGAGACAGAUCUCAGCUGAUUGUUUAGGAAUGUUGCUAUAGCACUGUUGUUGUGGACAUCAGCCUCGAUGGAAAUGUACCUUGCACUGCUCUGUACUGUAUAAUAUAAUAAAAAUACCUAAUAAACAUUUUGUUGCAAAACCA